CACGUCCACUCAUUCGACUCCCACCUGCGCGGACCAUCGUUCGUCAUGGAACCACCCUCUCGUCUGGAAUUCUCCAAUUCGAGCGGCGGUUGGCUGGACUGUUCGGCCAGUGGCAGUCCACAGCCUCAAGUAGACUGGCUGGGAGCGGACGGCCAACCUGCGGGAGACGUCCCUGGAGUACGAAGGGUGCUGAGGAACGGAACCCUGUACCUGAUGCCGUUUCCUGCGCACGCGUAUAGGCAGGACGUACACAGCACCAUCUACAGGUGUAUGGCCAGUAAUAGCGUGGGCAGGGUGCUCAGCAGGGACGUGCAGGUUAGAGCUGUGGUGACGCAAUCCUACAAAGUUGACGUGGAAGUGAUUGGAGCAGCAAGAGGAUGCACAGCUGUGCUCAAAUGUAUAGUGCCAAACUUCGUUAAGGAUCUAGUUAGAAUAAUGUCCUGGGUACAAGAGCCUUCUUUCUACAUAUAUCCCUCACUACAAGGAGGUGAGUACAUUAUUAUUUUAUCAUUGAUGAUGCAGUUCAACUUUUAAGGGACAUUGUCUGAAGGACCCUUUAAAAUAACGGUAUUUGUGAUAGUAAUAUUAUGGGCUUAAGUCCGGC